AUGACACAGUGGACGAUGGAUUUUGACAACCUUACCGAGACAAUAGGAGUCAUAGUGUUCAAUUUGAGACACAACGAACCUUUACUAACACUUGACUGGCAGCUUCACAUCCGCUACGUGCAGGUGAGGGACGCGGGAGCCUACGAGUGUCAGGUCUCAUCUCAUCCACCAACGUCACUCUUCGUCCAUCUUGAGGUCGUGGAGGCUGAGGCAGAGAUCUUAGGUGCCCCAGAGAAGCACGUUAAGCUGGGGUCGACUCUGCGGCUGGUAUGCAUCAUGCAUCACACUACAGAGGCGCUCUCCUACGUCUUCUGGUACCGCGGCAACGAGAUGAUCAACUAUGAAUCCGAAGACGGCUGGGGUGACUAUUGUAUUGUUGUUUAUGUUGCAGAGGGGAAUAAUUAUGUUGCAGAGGGGAAUAAUUAUGUUGCAGAGGGGAAUAAUUAUGUUGCAGAGGAAUAUUUAUGUUGGAAUAUUUAUGUUGCAGAGGGGAAUAUUUAUGUUGCAGGGAGUGUGGUGGUGGAGAGUGAUGACCAUACUAGUGUGUUAAUGGUGACCAGCGCCAAUAGACACCAUUCCGGCAAUUAUACCUGUGCACCAUCCAACACCAAGCCUGCCUCUAUCCUGGUGCAUAUCCUGAAUGAAUACCCAGCGGCGAUGCAACAUGGAGAGUCGGGGUCCCCAAAGACGAUAGCGGCGCCAUCUCUAGUCGUAUUGGUCUUCCUUCUGCUACUCCUCCAGGCGACAGUGGCUCCUUCUGGCUCCUGGACACUGCCAUGGAAAGUAGUAGUGUCCUCCACCUCGUCUUCUUGGUCUUCCUCUAGAGCAGUACUUUCCGGCAGUAACUGGUGGAAAGUGUCACCUACAUCCCAUUCUCAAACUCAAAAACGAAUGGUGUUGAGGUAUUGCAGGGAACCAGACCAACAACAUCGUAGAACAACAACAACAACAAGAACAGCAACAACAACAACAACAGCAACAACAAUAACAACUAGACUAUCAACAGCAUCAGUAAACACAACAGCAGUAACAGCAUCAAAAACAGCCUCAACAGCAGUAUGUAACAGCAACACAGAACCACAAACACUAACCAUACAGUCAUAAGACUAUUACACACACACACACACACACACACACACACACAAACACACACACACACACACACACACACACAUAUAUAUUAAGUAAUAAUAUAACUAAAUUUCUAUCUAUAUAUGUGUGUAAAAGAUCAUAUUUAUAAGUAACUAGUGUAUAUAUAUAUAAAUCAUGUGUACAUCUGUGUGCGUAUGUAAGAUAUCAUGUCAUGUGUAUGUAAAAUAUGAGGUGUGUACGUGGCUGUGUGUUAAAAUAUCGAGCAUAUUUGUGUAUAUAAGUAUAUAUGUAUUCUGUAAAAUAUAUCGUAUAUGUAGGUAUAUAUGUAAAAUAUAUGACCUGCUAUAACCAAUGACCUCUAAUGACCAGUAAGAGGAAGCCAGGUGCAUUAAGCCAACGACUAGCUACCUGAUUAACACCCUCCCCCCACCAGGUGAGAUAUGCACCAAUAAACGGAAUAAAAAUAUAGAUUCCAUAACUCACCUUUAUUACGAUAGUUGGCUUUGAUUUUCUUCCAUCUCCUGCAAGAAUAAAAAAGAGGUUUGAAUUAUGUGAUAUUAAUUUGAUAUUCAAGGGGUUAAAUCAUCAUAUUCAAGGGGUUAAAUCAUCAUAUUCAAGGGGUUAAAUCAUCAUAUU